AUGGGGAGAUCACAAAAUAGGAAGAAAUCCGUUAAAAUCUUUUUUUCCGGUAUUUCUUCUUCAAGUCGUUCUAAUUUACUCUGUAACAAGAGUUUUGAAUUUCUCUCUCAAGAGACUAGGCUUACCAAGCUCAUUUCGCAAAUGAUGACUGCGCUAAUUUUAGGACCAAUGGUGCCGGUUUUGGAGGAGUAUAAGAGAAUAGUGUUUCCUUAUGGAAGUCAAGAUACACUUGCAACAAUAACAGCACUCGGUUACGUGUUCUUCUUAUUUGAAACUGGCAUAAAAAUAUAUUUCAACAUGAUUGUAAAUACGGGAAGAAAAGGAUGGGUGAUUUCGUUUUUCGGGUUAAUAGCUCCUAUGGUAAUUGGUUUUGCUACCCGUCAUUUAACCAUUAGGAAUAAUUUUGAAAAUAGUUCUCUUGAAGGAGAUAUAGUAAUAGUAGGACACAAUACAACAUCAUUUGCAAUGAUUGUUUCUCUUUUGAAUGACCUUAAACUUCUAAACUCUGAACUUGGAAGAUUAGCAUUAUUUGUUGCUUUGGUUGGUGACAUAUUCAGUAAAAAAAUUGUAACCAUUUCAUCUACUAUGGUUAAUACCAAUCAUUAUAUUCCAGUUACCAUGAGGCUUGGAUAUUUAUUUGGCAUGGUUAUCUUCAUUUUGUUUAUCUAUCGUCCUGUCAUGUUUUGGAUUGUUGAACAUACGCCGGAAGGGAAAGAAGUUAAGGACAUUUACAUCAACAUUGUUAUUGGGACUCUCUUUCUUUUGUGUUGGAUUUCGGGACAAAUAGAAAGAGGUCCUGUUUUUUUUCCUUUUAUUUUCGGAUUGACUACUGUGAUACGGUGGCAGAACCGACUGUUUAAUACUGGUUUGCGUUUUGCAUUUUUUGUUCGCAAAAUGUCGCGGUAA